CAUCGCAUGGAUUGCACCUGAUUUUUUUUCACCAAUUGCCACCCAUAAAGACAACAACGACAGGAAAACAUGGUUGUCCCCGACGAUUUGCUUCUUGCCUUCUUCGGCGAGACGACGUCCAAACUCCUCGGGAUUGAUGCCCGGGCAGCCACUGCGUCUGCGAGGGAGAAGAUGGUCGCCCCCGCCGCCCUGUUUGGCCUCGCCGAUUGCCGCCGCUGCGUUCUGGAUCGGCAGGUGCUUGUUUUGAACAAGGUGACGGAAGAGUACCAAGGCGGAGAGGCCGUUGCGACCAGCCAGGUACAGGAGCGCCUCGGUGGGUUGCAGCACGAGCCGAACCUCUCCGGGGAAUUGAAAGCGGCAAUGGAAGCAAUGAACGAGGCGGCUCGGAUCGCCGUGUGCAAACUGGCACUCUACUCCGAGGAAGACUUUGCGCGCAGCGAGCCAGAGGCAAGAAUGGAACGAAACCUACAGGGCGAAGGCCGCUUGGAUCGGACCAAGAUGAUGGAAUACUUUGGGUUGUGCCAAGCAGCCCUGCAAUUGCCGUGUGUCAUGGAGUUUAUGGUCGACACGAGCAGGGAUUCGGUGUUUGAAUUCGAGAAAGCGGCGGAACCCGCAGACGGCAACAGCAAGAACGAGAAUGGCAACGGCAACGCCGACGCCGACGCGGCGAUGAUGUUUCCGCAGGCCCGCCUCGAAUACGUCCAGCGCUUGCUCGCAAAAGCGAUCGGAUGGGAUCCAGUGUUCGUGACGGCCGAGCUGCGCAAGAUUUUCGUGGACCAACCGAGCGGCGCCGACCGCGAUUCCUACGGCGGCGAGGUCUCGGCGGUCUUCCAAACACUCGUCGAGCAAAUGACGGUGGCCCUCCGGGCGGCCACGAUGCACGUGCGUUCCAGGCAGGACACGGCGCUCCUCAACGACCUGGGCAAGGGGGGGAACACCAGGGUCGUUUCGGUCCAGUAUUCCGAGUUCGACGUCGACCAGCACGGGAACAAGAUCGAGUCGUCUACCAACGCCGCCCCGGGCCGUACCAUCGACGAGCGGGGGGAGGAGAGCACCGACGAAGAAAAGAAGCGCCGGCUGCGACUGGCCAGCGAGGCGGCCAUCCUGCAGCAAACCAUUCUGGGGGAGCUCCUCGCCAUGGACGAGGCCGAGCGCGAAGACAAACUGAGAGAGGCCGGCGACGCCAGCAGGAAAUUCACGGAAGAGGCCAUGGCGCUGCCCCCGGGGAAGGAGCGCAUCGACUUUCUGAGGAGCAUGGAUCCGGCCACGUCCCGGCACCUGGCGAUGCACAAGCUGUGGCACGGGAUGCUGCAGGCGAACGGGGGGAAACCGCCGAAGAUGGCGGCGCGCAAGUGAACCAUGCGCGGUGGCGGCGAGCGGGCUCCACACCACACCACACCACACAACCUCUUGCGAGACGACACGGGUGUGCGGCGUCGCGUCGCGGCAGAGUCGCAACGGUAAAUAAUUUUGUAUUGUCGUUUCGCACUUGCGAGAAGACACGCGUCACGGAAGAGUCAUUCUGGUAAUUAAAUUUGUAUUGUAGUU